AUCUCAGCGACUCGGCAUGUUCUUUUGGUCUUGAAAUUCCGUCCAUCGCUCUAGACGAGCCUCUUCUCUUCUGCGCCGUCAUCGCACUCUCUUCAAUGCAUGCAUGUAAAACAUCAGCUCCAAGUUUUCGCAAAGUCGCUGAAUUCUACCAUCAUCGCUGUGUUCAAUUUCUUAUCGCCUUGGAUGCAGGCGAUGAACUCAUCAGCCGAGGUGUGGCGCUCGCUGCGACGUGUCUUUUGCGUUCGUAUGAGAUUCUUGACGGCGAUGUUGAUCCCAACAUGCAUCUUCGUGGUGCUUACUCCAUGGCUUCGCUCCAUGAUGUGCUUUCAGGCAUCCCACAAGCAGGGCUCCUCGGCGCAGGGUUCUGGAACUAUCUCAGAGAGGACAUUACGUUCAGCCUAUUUGAGGAGUGUCCGUUGAAGAUGAACCUGGAGAGUACACCAUUGGCCAUCCAGCAUAGCUCUGAUCAAGAUUAUCUCAACUCUAUUACUCUAAUCCUGGGCAAGAUAAUCAAUAUGUCUUUCAAACAAGACACAGAUGGUCUUCAGUGGGACUACAUAAAAGAAGACCUCAAAAGCUGGCGGAAUUCUUGCCCUCGUCACAUGAAGCCUUACUCAAGACUUCAAGGUGAGAUUACCACAUCUCAUCUAUUCCCUGCAAUCUGGUUCCUACAGCCUUGCCAUGCUGCGAUGCUUCACUACUAUCUCGUCGCAAUGACGAUAGUCUGCAUCUACACUUCUCCCAAAAGCCUGGAGGACCUAGGUGGACUUGAUCUCCCUGAGCUCGAAUCUCAGUCCAAAGAACGAUUUCUCGAGAACUUUGCGCUUGAGAUUUGCGGCAUUGCUUUCACUGCCAAGGUGUCGUCAGUUCUGGUAAAUGCAUUCGGGCCAAUAGCUUUUUGCGCAAGAUUUAUCAAAGCCGAGGUGUCGCAACAGGAGCUGAUUCGGCAACUACUCGCAUGUAAAUCAACUAUAGGAUGGCCGGUUGAGCGACUCAUUGGUGAUCUGAAGACAUCCUGGGGGAUGGAUCAAGAGUAG